AAACAAUCGAAGCUUAUCGCUUAUCGAAUAGGAAAUUUUCGAGGUCUCGACUUUGCACAGGGGGAAAUUGCCCGUAAAGCUCACCACACACACACUAUUUACGCCAGAACCAGCUGAACCCACCGAGCACGCAAUGGCAACCAAAGACCUUGAACAGACUGCCUCCAGGGAGCAAUCGACCGAGUCUUCUUCCAAGAAGCGCAAGUCGGCCCUUGCCGAGAUCGAAGUCGACCUCUCCCUGCCUGAGCCUCCAUCUAAGAAGGCCCGCCGCCUCCUCAAGAAAGGCAAGACGCUGCCCGCGAAGCCGAAAAGCGAGGACGAAGCGGAGAAGGAUGAUGACGAGGUCAAGGAUGCCAAGGACACCGACAAGACGAAAAAGAAGAAGAAGAAGGAGCGUUCCCCUUACGGCGUUUGGAUAGGGAACCUGCGCUUCUCCGUCACCAAGGCCGAGCUGCGCAAGUGGCUAGUCGACAAUUCGGGAGGAAGCAUCACCGACGACCUCAUCACCCGCGUGCACAUGCCCACCACGAAGCAGCCCUCAGGAGGACCGGGCCCCAAGAAAGCGCCCGAGAACCGCGGGUUUGCCUACGUCGACUUUGCGACGUUUGAGGCCAAUGUUGCGGCCAUUGCGCUCUCGGAAACCGAGUGGCAGGGGCGCAGGCUCCUGAUCAAGGACAGCAAGAACUUCGACGGGCGGCCAAAGAAGGAAGAGGCGCCCGCCGCGGCGGCGGAUGGCAAGACCGGCAAGGGGGCAGCGUCGGCGACCGCCAACAAGAGCAGCAGCACGAAGAUCUUUGUGGGUAACCUGUCUUUCAACACGACCGAGGACGACUUGUACGCCCACUUUGAGAAGUGUGGCAAGAUCCGCUGGGUCAAGGUGGCCACGUUCGAAGACUCGGGCAAGUGCAAGGGAUACGGCUGGGUCAACUUUGAGGACGCAGAGGCGGCGGCCUGGGCGGUCAAGGGGUUCGUCAAGGUUCGCGAACCGAUCGAGACGCUGGAGGACUUUGUGGACGAGGACGAGAACGAGAAGGCCUCAGAAAGCCCCGCCGAUGACGAAGCGGAGGCAGACGGCGAGCAAGAGGUAGUAGAGCCCGAAUCAUCCGACGAGACCGACGAUAGCUCCCAAUCCAGCGACGAGUCGGAUGAAGAGUCAGACGAAGAGUCAGACGAGGAGUCGGCCGAGAAGGAGGAGGAGGAGGAGGAGAAGAUGGCGAUGAAGAAAAAGGACGAAGAAAAGAAAAAGGAGAAAGAGAAGGAGGAGACGAAAACGAAAACGAAGACAAAAAAGGCCACCGCCGCCGCCACCACCACGACGACCAAAGAACCCGCCCGCUUCCGCACCCGCAAGUGGUGGGUCAACCAGCUCCUGGGCCGCAACCUCAAGAUCGAGCUGGCCGAGGACGACCAGACGCGCUACCACAAGCGCUUCGGCAAGGCCGCGGCCAAGCGCCAACAACAACAACAGCAGCAGCAGCAGCAGCAGCACCAAGACAGCAGCAAGAGCAAGAAGAAGUCCGGGCAGGGAGGAAAGCGGGCCAACGGGGAGCAACAACAGGAGGGAGGCGGCGGCGGAGGGGAGCCCAAGGGGGAGAAGAAGGACAUCAACUACCAGACCGACAUCAGCGUCGCUCGUCUGACGGGCGCCGCGGUGGCGCACCAGGGGAAGAAAAUCACUUUUGAUUAAGACUCUAGCGUUCAGGGACAUGCGGGAAAAGGGAGGGG